CAGACAAAAAUGGUUUCUCUUCUUCUGAUGCUGCUUCUGGGUCUCUGUAACGCUCAAGAAGAUCAUGGUCCUGAUAAUGAGACCUCAGAGGGUCAUUCUGACGAGGAUAUAUCCACAACUAUUUUGAGGAUGAACAAUGGAAGUACUGAUUUUCUGCUGGAAGGAGACAUGAUAAUUCCAACAACCAGGAAUGCUAUGAAGUGCUAUAGUCAAAAAUAUAGCUGUCUGUGGCCAAAGUCUGCUAACGGGAAAGUGGAAAUCCCUUUCAUUAUAAAAUCAAGCUAUACCAACAAUGAGAGGAGUACCAUUUUACGUGCCAUGAGGGACAUUGAAAGUAAAACCUGCAUCCGCUACAUUCCAUACACAUCUCAGCGGGGCUACUUGACUAUUGAACCAAGAUUCGGCUGUGCCACUAUAUUCGGUUAUGUUGGAAGCAAGCAGGUGCUGUCACUGAUGAAAAACGGCUGCGUAGUUCACGGCAUCGUCCAGCACGAACUGCUGCACGUGCUGGGUUUCCACCACGAACACAAUCGGAGCGACCGUGACCAGUAUAUCAGAAUCAACUGGGAAAACAUCCAAGACCAUGCAAUCUCCAACUUCCAAAAGAGGGACACGAAUAAUCUCGACACUCGGUACGACUACUCCUCUGUAACGCACUAUGGAAGAACCAGCUUUGGAAAGCAGUCAGCGGAGACCAUAACUCCCAUCCCUGACUCCUCUACCGUCAUCGGGCAGAGAAAGGGACUGUCCAAAACCGACAUUGUCAAGAUCAACCGGCUCUACAAGUGCCGAAGAUAA